ACUUCCGGUGAGACCCAAACAGACCAGAGGGGUGUUUUGACAGCGACGCAGCGGUGAAACGGAGCUCUUUAAACCUGAAACCAUGUCUGCAUGGGCGGGCUUUGGGCUGCUGCUUCUCGCGGCGGCUCUGCGACUCGGAGAGUCCAGGUUUAUUAUGGACCCUGUGUCUUUCAUUACUCAGGAAUUACAGUCAUUGGAUCUGUGUGGAGAAUGCAGUCAGAUCAUCCGCACGUCAACCAACAUGAUUUCAGGCAGUGACACGAAAGUGACUGUGUAUGAGGCCCUGCAUGCUGUGUGUCGACGCCUGCCCGAACGACAGGCAUCCGACUGUCAAUCUCAGGUGAAAACAUACCUGCCUAAAGUCUUGCAGCAAAAACCCAGCCACCUGAACCCAAGUGAGACUUGUGUGGUCUUUGGGCUUUGUGCUCCUCAAAAAGACGAGGAACUUCAGGAACCUCCUCCAAGUGUCAACAGUGAAGCUUUAUCCAACUCUGCACCUGCUUCAGCUACCGAAACCCAAAAAAUUUCUGGUCCGGUUUGUGCCUUGUGUUUGAUGGUGAUCAGAAAGCUGGAGACUAUGUUGCCCAAAAACAUAAGCGAGGAUGCCAUUCUGAAAAUCAUGGAAGAAGUCUGCGAUCUCGUACCUGCAAGCUAUAAACAGCAAUGUGAUGAUUUUGUUAACAAAUAUGGUGCAGAUAUUGCCGAAUUCCUCUUUUCAUCUGCUGCACCUCACACCAUCUGCAUGGUGCUGCACCUCUGUCUGUUUAAAGAGCAGCCUGUUCCAGAAGUGCUUCUCCCCUCGGACUGCGAGUCAUGCCGGACGUUAGCAGCUCUGCAUCGUGUCCACCUGGGCCUCAACGCCACUGGAGCGCAGACAUCGGCUUUCCUGCAGUCCGUGUGCAGCAUUCACCCAAACGCCAUCCCCAAGUGCGACGCCUUCACCAGAGCCUAUGGGUCGCAGCUGCACAGGGUUUUGGGAAACCAGAUGGAUAUUUCACACACUUGUGAAAGAGCUGAUCUGUGCCAAACAAUGAAGAAGCUGGAUCUACUGGGGAGUAAUCCGUGUACAUGGGGGCCAAGCUACUGGUGCCAAAACAGGGAGACUGCUCAGAAGUGUGGGAACCAAAUCUUCUGUGAGAAGUUCAAGUGGAAGAGUUAAAGCCCGGUUCCUCCAGGACCGUUGCUGCAACGACCUACGUUCUUCAAAUGUUUCCCACUGAUUACCUUUGAAAAGCUUAAGACAAGCACUGAUCACCUUUUUUUUAACCAAAUCAAAAUGUUUUGCUGUUAGAUGUUAUCUCUGAUCACAAAUCGAUGUAGGAUUUUUCGUUUGCUCGCCCAAUUUGACUGUUGCUUAAGAUGCUUCAUCUCGGCCAUGAAUGUAAAAUCAAAAUAUCCAAAAUAGCUAAGUUUUGUGUUAGUUAUAUGUAUUUUAAUGACCACUUCCUCCGUCAUCCUUUUGCUGAUGUUGUAUGCAGUUGUGAGACUGUAAAUGAGGUGCUACAUUUUAGAACACAGUCAAAUAUCCUGGAGAUGGUUUAUUUAGAAAACUGUCAAAAACCUCAGAUGUACGUUUACUUUAACAGCCUGUACAGAACAUCCUGAUAUUUUGUUGCAACCUUCACGCCAUAAAUUGCUCGCAUUAUUCAAAUAAACUGCCAGUUUGUGGA